ACUAAAAUGUUUUUAAAUUUACGUAGAGCUGAAGUUUUGUUGCAGUUCUAAAUAUUUGGUUUGGGUUUACAUUUACAUGUUCAAAGUGUUUGUCAUCGCGCCAAUGCAUUUACGCGCCUAUCGAUAUACACAGUACACAACAACCGUGUGAGUGCACAACCAAUCAUCUGUUAACCAACACCGGCUGCAACAACAACAACGUUCGUGUUCCUGUGUGUGUUUGUACGUGUGCGAUUGGAAGACAAUGGCUGCAGCUGCGGACGGUGUUGUUCCUACCCUUGCACUUCGCUCUAGCGUGGCGGUUGAAUUGUGGUCAUCGGCGGGACCUAAGUUGCCGUUUGAACACAAGUCCAACUUGCCGCGAGAGGAGACGAAGAGUUCUCGUUCGAUCUGCUUCAGUCCAGAUGGCCGAUAUUUCGCAUAUUCCAACGGCCUGGACGUCAAGGUGCUCGAGGCGUGCAAGGAUGGUGCCGGGACAUGGCCAGUGCAGUGCUCGCUGCCGCGCCCCAAGGCAUUCUACCUCAAGUUCUCGCCACGUGGCAACUAUCUCUGCACCUGGGAGCACUAUGCCAUCACCAAGGACCGCCCAGAGGGAUCGCCCAACCUGCUGGUCUACGAUGUCAACACGGGCACCGAAGUGUUUGCCAUUGUCCAGAAGAACCAAGCGGACUGGGAGCCAUCGUGGUCGUCGGACGAGUCGAUCUUUGCUCUCGUCGUUGGGGGCGAGGCUCUGUUCUACGACCUGCCCGAGGGAGCGGCUAAAGGAUUCGAAACUACCUCAAGGAAAAUAGGCGGCAGUCGGGGGGCCUUGUUAUCGCUCGGACCCGGCCACUGUCCGCCGUUUUUGGCCUUCUACAAUCCCGGCGCCAAGGGAGCUCCGUCCAUGUGUAAGCUGUACAAGUAUCCCGCCCUUGCCCAGAACCAAACGGUGGCCUGCAAGAGCUUCUUCCAAGCGGACCGCGUGGAAAUGUUGUGGAACAAGAGAGGCACUGGUCUGCUCCUGCUCACCAGCACCGAGGUGGACAAGAGCGGGGCCUCCUACUACGGCAACCAGGCUGUCCACUUUAUGGCCACCAAGGGCGACACUUGCUCCGUGCCGCUGUCGAAGGAGGGUCCAGUUCACUGUGUCAAGUGGAGUCCCAAGGCCACAGAGUUUGUGGUUGUUUAUGGCUUCAUGCCCUCCAAGGCAGCGCUCUACAAUCUCAAGUGCGACGUGAUCUUUGACUUUGGAGAGGGUCCGCGCAACUGUGCCUAUUUCAAUCCUUUCGGAAACAUCAUUGUACUCGCCGGGUUUGGCAAUCUACCCGGAGCCGUCGAGGUGUGGGAUGUGCCCAAGCGAGAGAAGCUGGCCAGCCUAAAGCUAGCGGACACCACUGUCUUCGAGUGGCAUCCCAAUGGUGAAUGGUUUGUCACAGCCACCACCGCUCCAAGGCUCAGGAUCAGCAACGGUUUCAAAGUGUACCACUACUCGGGAGCCUUGCUGCACGAGACCAUGUGGCCGAAGGGGCAGGAGUUGCUCGGCAUUGAGUGGCAGCAGUAUGCAGAUCAAACCUUCACUGAGCCGAAAAUCACCAAGGCGAAGCAUGAGGGCAUCAAAUCCAGUCAGCCAGAAGCCAGCAAAAAGGCCUACACACCGCCCCAUCUGCGCCUGCUGAAGGAAGGCAAGAAUCCGGAGAAGUACUUGCCAAGCAUACCCGGACUGGCACCAGCAUCAGCAGGUGGUGCCAACAACAAGAAGAACAACAAGAAUAAGCCAAAGGGCCCCAGGAGGGAUGUGAAUGCUGUGAAUGGUGGCGAUCCAGCCACGGCUACGGCUCCGGCGGCAGAGACAGUGACGGUGACGGGAGAGGAACAGCAGAUAUCACAGACCCAGCAACAGCACACGCCUAGAACACGACCUCAGGCACCCAGAUAUCAACAGCAGAAUGCCGCCGACCAACAACGCCAUCAUCAGCAGCCGCAUCAACAACAACAGCAGCAGCAGCAGCAGCAACCUCAUCCCCAGGCCAAUGGCCAGAAUUCGAGCGAGAAGGAGCGCAAAAUUCGGACCGUUGCCAAGAAGCUCUCGGAUAUCAAGAAGCUAAAGUCUCGCCAGGGCCAAGGCGAAAGCCUCGAGCUGAAUCAAUUGAAUAAGAUUAAAAUGGAAGCAUCUUACUUGGACGAGCUCAAGGCGCUCAAGCUGUCCGACUAAAUGGAGACGACGAGCGAGAGAAGAGAAGCUAGAGGAAAAGGACAAUACAAUACAAUGCCAUUGAUUUGUGUGAUAACACCCACCAGAUGACACCAAAAGUUGCCUUCUCUCCUCCUCCUUCCUCAUAUACUGUUUGUUCUUGUUCCCUUCCCUGCUGUUUUACGCUCAUUUUGCGAAUGAGAUGAGAUGUGUCGCAAAAAGUUUCUAGUUAAAAACAUUUUUCUACUAUUGUGAUUUCUAAACAUUUUUGGCAAACAAACAGUUACACAAAAACAACUAAAUUUAUGUACCAAAUUGUGCUAUCAAGCGAAUAAAGAAGUUUCCACAAAGAUA